UAUUAGUGAUUAUUAGUCAUGAAUGCACUUGGCGGUGCACAUGUUAGUGUGAAUGGUUGGAGGUGUAAAUGCUGGUGUGAAUGGUUGGAUGUAAUAGUUAUUGUGUAAAAAAAAUAAUGAUGAAAUAACAAAACUGAACGCUGAUUCUUUGUUCUUGUUUUAGGGACGGGCUGUGGGCUCUGAGAAAGGACACUGAGACGAGGAGACCUGGACCAGGACCAGGACCAGGACCUGGUCCAGGACCAGGACCAGGACCAGGACCAGGACCAGGACCAGGACCAGCACCAGGGUCCUAUCUGAGGCUCAGGAUCACUGUGUGUGUUUGGGACUGAUUGUGUGAGUCUUACUGUGUUUGUUUUGUAUUAGUGUCUUGUCUGUCCUUGUCUGUGUGGUGGUUGAGGUGUGUCAUUGUGUUUGUGUUAAUAUGUUUAUGCAUAUUAUUGUGAUUGCAUCACUCUGUGUGUGUGUUAAUUUGUUUUAGGUGUUUUACUGUUGCUGAUGUCAACAUUUGUGUUUAACUGGUUUUUUAGUGUGAAACCCGAAAGUUCCGAGGGUUCAUUUUCAUUUUCUAAAAUGGUGAAUUAUUUAAACAACAACCACCUGAAGAACAACCACACCAACAAGACAUCAGACUCACAACAAUCUUCAGACUCUCCAGGACCUCAGGACUCUCCAGGACCUCAAGACUCUCCAGGACCUCAAGACUCUCCAGGACCUCAAGACUCUCCAGGACCUCAGGACCUAUCAUCCAACAGGACUCUCCAGAACCAGAGCUUGCUGGAAAAACAGGACCUUCGCCAGACCAAUCACUGUCAGACCGAAGCGAUGCCGUCUUCUAUCGUCCUUUUUGUCAUCAUCUACCUAUGUGGUCUUCAGCAUCCUCUGGGAGCCAUGCCCACAUGCAGACUCCAAAGGAAUCUCGUCCAGUCCAGCCAAAAACUGCUUGCAGACCUGGGACCAAACUUUCCUGUCCACUGCAGCCCUUACAACGUCAACAUCACAUUCCCAACCUCCAUCUUACCUGCUGCAACAUCCACUCACUCUCAGUGUCGCAAGGUGUUAUGGGUAGUGCAUGAAACCCUCAACGGAACCAGGGAAGUGUUUUCCGAAUACAACGUAAAGGAAGGAGGGGUCAACUGGAACCUGAUGAAACUGAGCACCUUCAGGAACCUGCAGAAACGUCUGCUGGACCAGGGACAAUGUUUGUCAGGUUCUCACGUCCUGGAUUCUUACUUCGCCGACAUCACAGCUCUUCUACAGCACAAGCACAGCGCCACCUGUGGUUGGAUGGCCCUGAGGAGAGACGUCCUGUGGGUGCUGCGGACAGUUCUCAUGGAAUAUCAUGGCUGCUUCAUCUGAUCCCACCACAGUCACAUCUGUCCUUAUUUAUUAAUAUUUAUUUAUUUUAUGUUUGGAUUUAUUUACA